UAAAGCUAGGUGUAUGCAUGGAAUAGUAUGCAUACCUAGUUAUCCUCUUGCUUCACUCCUCCCCUUCUUUCCUUUGAAAAAAUUAAUCUUGCCUACUCCUCCAAGAAACCCAACUUUGCUUCCAUGCAAAUGAACAAAUUGCACUAGAUCAUUAUUAUAUUGUUGUAUUUGCACAACAUAAAAGUGAUGCCCAAUUCACCAUUUCUUGUUUGAUCCUUGGUUCUUGAGAUUUGAUUUAAUUCUUGUGUUGCAUGCGUGACGACGAUGAGAUGCCUAAGGCCUGGUGGUGCUCGCCGGCGAUGCCAGCUGCUCGACGGCGACACCGCCGCCUUUUGCGCCUCGCUGGUGGACGGCCUCGCGCAGCUGGAGAGCACGCUGCUUCGUGAGGAGGACGACGGCGAUGGCGGCGGCGGCGGCGGUGGGGCGGUGUCGAUGAGGUGGUGCGCCGACGCCAUGAGGCUGGUGAAGCGGAUGCAGCGGGAGCUUCUGGUCAUGUUCAAGAAGGCCGACGUGCCGGUGGGCAGCGCCGUCUCCUACGGCGGCGGCGGCGGAGGCGGCGACGGCGGCGGGUGCUGGUUCGAGCACUACAUGCAGGAGACGGCGGCGCUGCUCGACUUCUGCAACGCGUUCAAGUCCGCCGUGUCGCGGCUGCACCGCUACUGCAUGGUCGUCGACUUCGCCGCGCAGGUCGGCUGCGCCGGCGCCGGCGCCGCCGCGGAGAACGGCGGCGGCGCCGGCGGCUGGUGGCUGGAGGAGGAGCCGGGCGGCGACGACGCGGGCGCCAUCCGCCACAGGCUGUCCGACGUGAGGGCGGCGGUGAGCGAGGCGGAGCGGCUAGGGAGGAAGAUCAUGUCUAGCUCCAGCGGCGGCGGCGGCGCCGGGGACGACGACGCCGGCGGCAUGGUGGUCGUCAUGCUCGUCGCCAAGAUCACCAUGGCCGUCGUGUCGAUGUUCGUGCUCCAGGCCCUCACCUCACCCAUCGUCCCCCUCGCCGCCGACGUCGACGACGGCCACUGCACCCUUGGCCGCGCCGCCGCCGUCCCGGUCCCCGAGCUCCAGCCAUGGCGAGAAUCCCUCUCCGUGAUCACCGACCGGUUCCCGAGGCGGCCGGGCGUCGCCGAGCACGAGAGGGUGGCCAUGGUGGUGAAGUCCAUGAUGAUCAACACCAAGAUGGAAGGAGAAGAAGAGACCAAAAAUGGCAAACAAGAACAAGAAGAUGACCAUGUUGAGCUUCUAAGAACAAGAUCAGGUGAGCUCAGGGAAGGUGUGGAGAUGUUUGAUUGUGUUUUGGAUGAAGUGUUUGAUGAGGUGAUCAAGGGCAGGAAUGAGAUGCUUGGCAUCUUCAGAGAUAAGGCCCUCACACUGGGCUGAAUUUUUAGAUGUUAGCUAAUCUCUGAAAAGUUAAUUGACCUUGAGCAAUCUGGAAACCAGCAGGGUAUGUAUGUAACCUGGGGUGGAUGCUAAUUUGACUGAUCAAUUUGAGUUGUUUUGUUGAGGGUUUAGAGCUUCUUGCAAUGUGUGAGUAUGUGUUUAUGAAGGUGUUUAAUUAUAUUUGGUUUCCUUUUAUACUUUAAUUUCUCCUUUGGUUUGUAACUUGUUUCAGUGUGACAUACUGAUCAAUAAAGCAUCUGAAGUUUAGAUUUGUUUUAUA